GAUAAAUAAGCCUUGAAAAACUGUCACUAUCAAAAAAUCAAAACUAAAAAGAACUUCAAUAAAACAUAAAAAUAAUUUGGCUAUGGUUGAAUAUUCAGUCUGUUACAUUAUGGACCAUUUCAUCUAUUCUGCAAUUUCUUCUUUAGCAAGUUUCGCUUAUGAUCAUCCUUUGGUGACGCUUAUUUUAAGUGUCAUUAUAACCAUAACGAUGGGUUAUGGAAAUUUUUCAAAACUUUUAUGCGUUUCCCAAAAUACCCAACCGGAUUAUGAUUAUGAAUCAGAGAGAGGACCUCAUUCCUGGGAAACUUCGGGUACAGAAAAUCAAUCUCCGAUUGAUAUCAAAACAAGUUUGGUUGAAAAAUCAAUUAUUCAAGAACAAUUGAUGUGGAAUCACUACAAUGAUAUUCCAACAAAGGUUACAAUGGAAAAUAAUGGUCGAACAGUAAUAUUGAAAGCAAAAUAUGCUGCCAAUAUUCCAACAAUUAGUGGAGCUGAUUUGUUUCAUAGCUACAGUUUUGAGUCACUUUGCUUUCAUUGGGGUUAUUCAAAUACUGAAGGCUCUGAACAUACUAUUGACGGUAGAAAAUAUGCAAUGGAAUUACAAGCAACUCAUAAGAGCGAACCGAUGUUGCCAUGUCUAACAAACUUACAUAGCCUUAUUAUUGCCUAUGUUUUUCAGGUUGCUGCUUAUAAUCCAUUUUUUGAUCCUAUUGUUCUUAACCUGCAUCGCAUUAAAGAGCCUGGAACCAUUGUUGAAAUUCCUCCAUUUCCCUUAGCAUGGUUGUGUUAUCAAUUCAAAUCUGGAUUCUUUAGUUAUGGUGGAUCAAAUAGCAUUCCACCUUGUGACGAAGGCGUUGAAUGGUUUAUUAAUCCUGAACCAAUUGCUAUUGGAGAAAAUCAACUUAUGGAGUUUAGAUCGCUUCUUUCAUCGGAUGGUUCAUCGAGAAUUAUUAGAAAUUCAAGACCAGUUCAGUGUUUGAAUACUAAUCGUAUUGUCCAUUACAAUAAUUACGAAAGAAGCGAUAGUUUGUGUUCGUGUGAUUCACAACAACAAUUAUCAAAUGCUAACGAAAGCGACAAUUAACUGUUUUAUCAACUUGAAAUCACAUCAAAGAUAUUUCAUGAUUCGACUUUUAUCAAGAAUAAAUAAAUAUUUAAUCGCAACGAUAAUAAGUAGUAUUGUAAUUGGCUCUGUUGAGAUCAAUAAAUUUAUCUGUAAUGUU